AGAAAACAUGUGCACGCGGCAUUUCUUCACACCGCAAGUCGCACGUGUGCUUGUAGAUACCCCUCAAUGUGUUCAGAAGCUGAGCGGUAGCAUGAAGAAUGGUCAUUUGCAAAGCCCCAGUUUGGGGCUUGGGGCGGGCUUCGACGAAGCUCCCCAGGCUCGAUAGCACGAGCAGCGCGGUAGAGAAGACUUUUACCUCGCAGUUGCACACGACGGCAUGUCUCAAUGCACUGAACGUCCACCGGGCUUCGAGCGACGCCAAAGCACGGCAGCGCGCCGAACGCGACCAAUUGACCCGCCUGCUCAAGGAAUCCGACGCCAAGCGGGACGCGAGAAACUACAUCAAGCACUUCGACGUCGCGAAGAAGGCGCCCGGAGAAGCCGCAUCGAAGGCCAGACAGGCCGUGAGCGCCUACAGCGACCCAGCCACGGCGCUCACCGGCGUCAACCUCGGCAACCUGUACGAGCCCACUGUCUUCACCCACCAACAGCUGCCUGAGGAGAGAUUCAAGGAGAGCGAAGAGGAGCCAAUCCAUCUCGCACUAGUCAAGAUACGGCAGCCGCAGGCCCUCGACGAUGUGACACUGGGCGGCAUCGCAUCGACGCUGAGUCAGUUGGCGCAGCUGGGCCUGAGCACCGCCGUUGUGCUGGACUGCGACGACGAUGCCUCCUGCGACACGGCACAUGCACGGCCGCCUCUCGAACAGACUAUCAGGCGGCAGGCGACGCGCAUGGUGGCCGCCCUGCAGCGACACAACGAGCCGGGCGCUCUGCUGGUCGAGCAUGCGCUCAGCUCCGCAAGCCUGGGUGGAGAGGGGCUGAGUACGGCGCAUGUGCGGGGAGACGUCGAGGUCAAGGACAACUACCUUCUCUUCCCGCCCAUCGACGACGGCGUGAUACCUGUCAUACCGCCCUUCGCCUUCGAUGCGGAUUUGAAGAGGGUCACUGUUCUGGCCGACGAUGUAGUGUUGGCACUGGUGAGAGAAUUUGCUGGUCUGUCUGGGGGGACGAGCAGCGGUAUAGAGGGCACUGCGCACAGCCACCAGCAUGUGUAUGACCGGCCCAUCUUGGACCGCAUCAUCAUUCUGGAUCCUCUAGGCGGCAUUCCUUCUGAGAACAGGGCAGAUGGUGCACAUGUCUUCGUUAACCUCGAGGCAGAGUACCGCGACAUCAAGGAAGAGCUGGCGAAAGUCUCGUCAGAUGCAAAGGGGGCCGCCGCCGAGAAAUACACAGCGUCACCAGGCAGCGGAAAUCCAAUCGCAGACAUCUUUGCGGAUGAGGUUGCUUCUACACCAGGACCUCCGAACAAUAGUAUAGGCGACAUCCUGCCGCCCGAUCGACACACCAAGAACCUCAACGUCGUCGAAAGAGCCCUCAAGCUCCUCCCGCCCUCAUCCUCUGGUCUGAUCCUCACGCCCAUUGAAGCAGCCACCGAGUCGCUCCCCGCCGCCGACUCCUCCGGCCGCCGUCCCACACCCUCUCCCAAUCCUCUGAUCCACAAUGUUCUCACCGACAAACCCAUGGUCUCAUCUUCGCUCCCCACCUCACCCCUAAGCCGUCUGCACAGCAGCCACGCCCCCAACCCCUCGACUUUUCUCAAGAAAGGCAUCCCGCUGACCAUGAUUCCGGACCCGCGCAUCUGCGGCCCCUGGCAACCGCCGUCAACGGGAUACCCCAUCAUCGACCUCGCGAACGACCCGCGCAUCAACCUGCCGAAACUCGUCGACCUGAUCAACGACUCGUUCCGCCGAAAGCUCGAUCCAAAAGACUACCUGAAGCGCAUCGAAGGCCGCGUAGCCGGCAUAAUCAUCGCAGGCGACUACGAAGGAGGCGCGAUAUGCACGUGGGAAACGCCGUCGACGCUGCGGCAGCACGGGUCCGGCGCGCAGGCUCAUGCUGGGGAGUUGGACUCGCCGCACUGGGUUCCGUAUCUCGACAAAUUCGCCGUUUUGACCUCGAGCCAGGGCUCCGGCGGCGUGAGCGACAUCGUCUGGGCCGCGCUGGUGCGGACUUGUUUCCCGCGCGGCGUGGUGUGGAGGAGUCGCACGAGUAAUCCGGUGAAUAAGUGGUAUCAGGAGCGUAGCACGGGGAUGUGGAAUUUGCCCGGUGGACAGUGGACGAUGUUUUGGACGGUGGAAGGGGUUACGGCGGGGUGGGGUGGGAAGGAUGGCCGGCCGAUGGAGAUGAAGCGCUGGGAUGCGUAUGUGGAUGUUUGCUCGGGGAUUGAACCGAGCUGGCUGGACUCGAAGAAGUAGAUAAGGGAAUAGAACAUACGACCAGCACUUUGCAGUUGGCUGCAUGUGGUGCGUGGGCAAAUGAUCAGCACUGUAGAGGCGGCCGCGGACGCAUGAGCCUCUUGUCGUCUCAAGGACUGACCCAGGUACGCAGUGGUAUGCCUUCGAGGAUAUUGAAGUCGGUGAUCGUGUUCAAGCCAAGACGCAGCUUGCAACGAAGAAUGAAAUCAUGCAGCCGUUGCAGUGCGCGCCUCGCAGAGGGUUUGUCAGAAGGCAUCGUAAAGGGUCGGGGGGUGAAGGCAGUGCGAGGCAUUGUCGAAUACUGGAAGGUGUAGCAUUUGUUCGUGAGAGAAUGGUCAUGAGUCUAGAAUUAAGAAGAAAGAGUGUUGAAUAUUCGAGGC